CGACAAUACAUUCAAACAAAUAAUAUCCUCCCUCUUAAGGCAACUAAAUUUCAAGAAUCAUAUGGCCAGGACUAAUCCGCCGGACGGUGGAGGGUCCGAUCCAAAUGACAAUACAUCCGUUCGUUACAAAGUAUCACUUCCUCCGAAGGAAGGUUUGCUAAAGGACUUCAAGUCGGUGAUUCAAGAAACUUUCUUCCACGAUGCGCCUCUAAGGGAUUUUAAGGGCCAAACCGCAUCUAAAAAGACGUUGCUCGGGAUCCAAGCUGUCUUCCCGAUAAUUGGAUGGGCCAGAGAGUACAAUCUUCGAAAACUUAGAGGAGAUGUUAUUUCUGGUCUCACCAUUGCUAGUCUUUGCAUCCCUCAGUGGAAUUGGCAGACUAUUCUCAUUGGUGCAAGUUUCUUGACCUUCAUUCUCGUCGCUAAAUUCAUUGGGAAAAAGAACAAGAAACUCUUUUGGGUUCCGGCAAUUGCUCCUCUUAUUUCCGUCAUUGUCUCCACUUUUUUUGUUUUCAUAACUCGUGCUGACAAACAAGGAGUCCAAAUUGUGAAGCAUAUAGAUCAAGGAAUCAAUCCGAUUUCUGCUAAUAAGAUUUACUUCUCCGGAAAAUAUUUGUCCGAAGGGAUCCGAAUUGGAGGCAUUGCUGGUAUGGUCGCCUUAACGGAGGCUGUUGCAAUUGGAAGAACAUUUGCGGCUAUGAAGGACUAUCAAAUAGAUGGGAACAAAGAGAUGAUUGCACUGGGUAGUAUGAAUGUAAUCGGUUCACUCACCUCCUGUUACAUUGCCACUGGUUCCUUUUCUCGAUCUGCUGUUAAUUUCAUGGCGGGAUGUCACACAGCAGUUUCAAACAUAGUGAUGGCCAUAGUGGUAGCUCUAACCUUAGAGUUCAUCACACCACUCUUCAAGUACACUCCGAACGCCAUUCUCGCUGCCAUCAUUAUAUCUGCGGUACUCGGUCUUAUCGACAUUGAGGCAGCCAUUCUCAUAUGGAAGAUCGAUAAACUCGACUUCUUGGCUUGCAUGGGAGCUUUCUUUGGAGUCGUUUUCGUCUCUGUCGAGAUCGGUCUCUUGAUCGCCGUGGUGAUAUCAUUUGCGAAAAUAUUGUUGCAAGUGACGAGACCAAGAACGGCUAUUCUAGGAAAGCUUCCAAAUACGAAUGUGUAUCGGAACACUCUGCAGUAUCCAGCGGCUACCAAGAUUGCUGGAAUUAUGAUCAUCCGUGUUGAUUCCGCCAUAUACUUUUCUAACUCCAACUACGUCCGAGAAAGGUCAUUAAGAUGGUUGCGAGAAGAGGAAGAAAAAGCUAAAGCAGCAGACAUGCCGCCAAUUAAGUUUGUCAUUCUUGAGAUGUCACCUGUUACUGAUAUCGAUACCAGUGGUAUCCAUUCACUAGAAGAACUUCACAAGAGUCUCGAGAAGAAACAUAUCCAGUUU